AUGAACAAAGCAAAUAACAACAAAUCUUUUUUCACUGCAAAUUUCUAUCUAAUAUCUCCCAUAAUGCCAAAUACUUCGAAUUUACCAGCAACAUCGAAUCCCAUCGGUGGAAAUCUAAUGAACAAAACAAUCAAAUGUGUUUGUGUCGGAGAUGGAUGUGUUGGUAAAACAUCAAUGUUGAUAUCUUACACAACAAACACAUUUCCACAAUCAUAUGUUCCGACUGUUUUUGAUAAUUAUUCUGUAACUGUGAUGAUCAGUGGUGAACCUUAUACGUUAGCACUGUUUGAUACAGCUGGUCAAAGCGGUUUUGAGCUGAUGCGUACAUUUUCUUAUACGAAUACCGAUGUAUUUCUCGUUUGCUUCAGUGUGAUGUCUCCGACAUCGUUUAAUAAUGCAUUGAAAAUGUGGAUUGAUGAAAUCCGGCAAUCGUCGUCAUCACGUGCAGCACCGUUUGUGCUGGUUGGAACGAAAAUUGAUCUUCGAUCGAGUACUCCUGAUGUAGAACUGUUGGCAAAAUCAAAACAGAAGCCCAUCACACGAGAACAAGGCGAACGUACAGCAAAAGAAUAUGGUGCCUAUGCGUACAUUGAAUGUUCAGCGUUAACUCAAGAGAAUCUGAAAGAAACAUUCGAUACAGCGAUUCUAGCUGCACUUACUCCAUCAACUUCGAAACGGCGAGGAAUCUUUUGUUGCUGUUGA